UAUGCAAACACUUGUUUUAAUUAAAGUUUUCAUAUUUUGUCUACAGCAAGUCCUAUCAAUUAAUAAUCCGAAAUUCUUUUUCAAACAGAAUCCUUGCCAAAUACAUUGCGUCACCACGGCAAAGGUAGUAAAGCACACAUCCUGCAUUUCAACCGAUAAAAUCCUAAAACAUUUCAGUACAAGCUGCCUCCAUGUAGAGUUUUUGCCUACGAUAUAAAAACAUUUAGUCAAGUCAAUAUCAUGGGACAAUUAAUAAUUGGACACAAUGGACUACGUGAUCGCAUCGCAGAACACAUGCACAUUUCACAUAUGACAGAAAUGUUUUGGAGCGAAGAACUUGAAGCAAUGGCCAAACGGUACGCAUACAAAUGCAAUCCUUUUCAAGAUGACUAUUGUGCAUCUAUUGACUCGGUUUUUACAGAAAGUAAAAAAAAUGAGUCAAUUCAAUUUUCGAAUAAAGAAGUUUCGUUUAGUGAUCAAUUAAGGAACAGAUCACCUUAUGCGUUAAUACGACAGACUCGUUUCUGUCAUAAGUCUGUGUUUUUUCCAAAUAAUUUCAUUCAUAUUGCGUUAAGUACUUGGUAUAAUGAAAGAUAUACUCUACAACCACCGGAACGUAUGAAUACUUCUACAGGUUUAAAUAAGCAGAGAUUAAGGGGCGAUAAUAAUUUCACCAUAAUUGCGGAUCCAAAUGUUGACAAACUUGGCUGUAGCAUAGCAAAUGUUGCUAAGAAAUAUUUUUGUAUAUUUUGCAAUUAUUUUAAAGUCAAGCGCGUACAGCCGGAGAUGCACUUCUACUUAGGACACCCGGCAACGGACUGUCCAAGUUGGGCACCACUCCGAGACAAUUAUUACAAAAAUCUAUGUACGAUUGAUCCAAGACUUAACAAAACUGGAAAAGGAGUUAUGGAUGAAACGUUAUUAUUAAAUUAUUUUUGUAUUUUAUACAUUUUAGCACUGUAUUGUUUCUAAACUAGCGAUAUUAUGUCAUCAGCACUUGUUUUUUUUU